GUGCGCGCGGCCGAGCGAAGGCGAAUGCGGUAGCCUACGAAAAAACAAGCAGGCAGAGCUGGAGAGACAAGACGGGCACAGCUUACCUCCACAUCACAAGAUCAUAUUUUGGAGCGGAAAUUUCACGCCCUGUCGGGUCGUGUUACCGCUGGAGACGGUUGAGGAUAUUCACGGGCAGAAACAAUAGGAUGCAGUGUAGACUUUGCUGGUGACUGGUCUGCAGGCUUUCCACAUCUCUCGUCCCUGGAGUCAGGCAGUUGGGGGGCAGAUUUCUGCGUUCCCCUUCUCUCAGUCUGAGUCUUUUUGUCUGGAUAAAACCAACUGCCUGCCACUGGAGUACACAGCUCGUCCUCGCCCGUGUUGCUUGGAUCAGCACAGCUCAUCUCCUGAUUGAGGAGAGCGAAGCAGCUGCACAAGAUUCACCUUUUACCGACUGAUCCCUCCCGGCCCUGCCCACACUUCCCCAUCACCAUGGUGCUGUCACAACGGCAACGAGAUGAACUAAAUCGAGCGAUAGCCGAUUAUCUACGUUCCAAUGGAUAUGAAGAGGCAUAUUCCACUUUCAAGAAGGAGGCGGAAUUAGAUAAUAAUGAAGAAUUGGAUAAGAAGUAUGCUGGCCUUUUGGAAAAGAAAUGGACCUCAGUCAUCAGAUUACAAAAGAAGGUGAUGGAACUAGAAUCCAAACUGAAUGAGGCGAAGGAAGAGAUCACCCUUGGUGGGCCCGUAACUCAGAAGCGUGACCCCAAAGAGUGGAUCCCACGCCCACCAGAAAGGUACGCGCUGAGUGGCCACCGCAGUCCAGUCACCCGCGUCAUCUUCCACCCAGUCUUCAGUGUCAUGGUGUCGGCCUCUGAGGAUGCAACAAUAAAGGUGUGGGACUAUGAGACAGGAGAUUUUGAACGCACACUGAAGGGCCACACAGAUUCAGUCCAGGACAUCUCUUUUGACCAGAGCGGCAAACUGCUAGCAUCGUGCUCCGCAGACAUGACUAUCAAGCUGUGGGAUUUCCAAGGCUUUGAGUGCAUCAGGACCAUGCAUGGACAUGACCACAACGUUUCGUCUGUAGCCAUCAUGCCCAAUGGAGAUUACAUUGUUUCUGCCUCGAGGGACAAAACCAUAAAAAUGUGGGAGGUGGCAACUGGUUACUGUGUGAAGACCUUCACAGGCCACAGGGAGUGGGUCCGUAUGGUGCGGCCCAACCAGGACGGCACACUGAUCGCCAGCUGCUCCAAUGACCAGACAGUGCGCGUGUGGGUCGUGGCCUCCAAAGAGUGCAAGGCUGAGCUACGGGAGCAUGAACAUGUGGUGGAGUGCAUCUCCUGGGCACCAGAGAGUGCCUACCCCACCAUCCAAGACGCCACAGGCUCUGAGUCCAAGAAGAGUGGUAAGCCUGGCCCUUUCCUGUUGUCUGGCUCCAGAGACAAAACCAUCAAGAUGUGGGAUGUUAGCAUUGGCAUGUGCCUUAUGACACUGGUUGGCCAUGACAACUGGGUGCGUGGUAUCCUCUUCCACCCUGGAGGCAAGUUUAUUGUGACCUGUGCAGAUGACAAGACCUUAAGGAUCUGGGACUACAAGAACAAGCGCUGCAUGAAAACCCUGUGUGCCCACGAACACUUUGUUACCUCUCUGGAUUUCCACAAGGCUGCUCCCUACGUGGUCACUGGGAGCGUAGAUCAAACAGUAAAAGUGUGGGAGUGCCGCUGAUUUGGACCUUGGAGGAUUGGACCACCACCCCAAUUACCCAGGCGCUCCUCUGGAUCCCACCUCCCCUCCUCCUGCCACCCCACCUCUCUCUUUUCAUCCCACCUCUCUCUUUUCAUUCCACCUCUCCUCCUCCUCUCACCUGCACAUCAUCAUCUCCUCCGGCUGCACUUACCACCAUGGUUAUUUACCCAUCGCUCUCUCUGGUCCAAUUAACUAUUGUCCUUCUAUGUAAAUUAUUCCUUGAUGUAGAUCGAGCUAUUAAAUGUUACACAAAAAAGUAUUCUUGCAUGGUAAUCCAAAAUUGUAUACUGUAAAUUUACAUAACGUCUAGAAGUACCAUAGGUUUACCACGGGGCUGGCCGUCUGUCACGCAGCCUUACCGACCACCCGAAGGCAGAUGUUUUUGACUGGGUGUACAAUGUAGGGCACUAAAAACCGAUAAUUUAAGAAAUGACAGUGUCUUUAUGUGUAAAUUUUUUUUGUCUAUUUUUUUAUUUAGGAUUUUUUUUUUCUGUUAUUUCUCUCCUUCACUGUCGUAGUCUGUUGGUGCCUAGCUUGGUGAAACUUUUGAGAGAUAAGGCAGGAAGAGCAUAUAUGAUGCGAUAAGAUACGAUUGUCUGUGGGGCUUUGUUAUUGAAAUAAUCUGUAGCUUUAUAACAUCACUUCUCAAGUGUGCAUACCAUUUCUCUUCAUGUGGAACUAGGUAAUAUUUUAAUGGCUGUAUAUACGAAUGUUUCAAACUGUUGUCCUUGGACCUUGGGGGCCUCAAAACAGCUUUGUACUCUUGUCAUGGUGGCACAUGCACCAUUGCUAGGCUUUAGAUAAAAUAUCCCAUUUAAUGAAUCUGCAGAGAAGAAUAAAAGUGGCUUUGUGGAUAACCACAAGAAGCCCAAAUGUAAAGAGCAAGUUUGUUUGGCUUUCGCCGUCAGCAAGCGCCCUGUGUUACAGCAACACCUGAGCAGAGUUCAGGGAUUACACCCACUUAAUCUCAAGCACUUGAUAAUGACCAAGGGUGUUUACCUUCCUGUGACCCUGCAUGUCCAGCUUGAACUGGAGCCUCUGUCCACUCCUAGUCCCCUGACCAGUCAGUCUUGGUAGGGUUUGGUGAACCAUAGGAUUAUGUAGUCAGACGAUGCUCAGUAGUCCCACGGCGCCUUUGAAGACUACAGACACAAGCCUUGUGUAAGAUAAACCCGCUAAAGAGAAAACAAAGGCAUGAUGAGGAGUCAAAGUGAGCCCCCUGGGUUUGAUAUCUGGGAUGUGCAAGGACCUCUUAUUUCUGAGGGGAGAAAUAUAUGUUCUGCUUAAUGAAAAAUGGUUUUGAGUAAGAAGAAAAUCAGUUUUCUGUGAAAAUAUGAAAUGUAAAUUUAGCUUGUUAUUAAGAGAUUUGGCAAUUUUGUAUUAUCGCACUAAAGGAUGAACUGGAUGGGAAUUUAGGGUUAGUGAGGAAAUGCUAGCAGCAGGCAUGCUAAGUGAUCUGUUGAAGGUGUCUGUCUGUAGAGCGGUGUGACGCUGAGAUUUUUUCUUUUUUUUUGAUAUAUGGAGGAGAAAGCCAAAAACCUGAGCAGCUGGGAACUCUACAGACAGACACCUCAGACCACCUCAUAUGUAUGCAAAUGUCUUCUGAGUGGCUUUCCUCAAACUGUAAAACAGGAAGAUUUUUUUGGAAUGACUGGAAAAUUACUGUAAACCAGUCCACGCUGUAGAAACUACCAUUCCACUCCCCUUGGAAGACAAAAAGAAAUGAAACAUCUUGCUGUAGCUGACAAGGUGAUUCAUUUGUCUUGCACAUCCCUGUUUUCACUGAAUCUUUGGUCGUUUAAUGAUGAUCAAAGACAACAUUAAGAUUUAAUGAUGUUGAUAAAAAUGCAUAAACCUAUAAUUUCUGAUUAGCCUUUUCAUUCCAAUGCAGUUCUUGGCUAAUAAAGAAUUCCACUGCUUAACUGAUCUUCUUACCUUCGCUUCUUUGCCACAUUUUCCUCCUCUUCCUGUGUGUACUGGAUGUGGUGAUCUGCUGCUCAAGCUCCUGCUAGUGGCUACUGUGAGCCUAAUGUGACCUGUUGAUGUAGCACUGCUGCAUGUAAACCUGCACCAGAGGCAGAGCUGUCAGAAUUAUACUUAAAAAGCUUAAACACUGGAGCCUCCCUGUCAGAGACCAAUUGGUUGAAUAAUGAUGUGAGAAAGCGUCUCUGUUUACUAAAUGUAGGUAGACAUUAGGAUUUUCUUUAUUGCUGAGAAUUAAAUGAGAGGACUGAUAACACUCCCAUAUUUGUAUUGUAAAUACAACGCUGCUGCUUGCAACUGAUUAGCUUAGCAUAGCAUACAUGCUGGAAACAGCUAGCCUAGCUAUAUGAAAUGGUUACAAAAUCCGUCUGCCAGCACAUGUAAAACUCAAAAUCAACACGUUGUAUCUCAGUUAUUUAAUUUGUAUUAAAACAAAGUGUAAAGACAGCAAUAUGCUGUAUUACUGUGGGUAUAUGUUGGAGUGUAACUCAACCUGAAGCCAUUUCACCCACCAGAGAGGUGGAAUCAUGACCUGCCCUACUCUAUUUCUUAUUGGCUAACCUUCGUUCUUUUUGAUUGGUUCGGUCCAGGUAUGAGGAUUGUGACUGGUUUGAGGUAGGGUAAGAAUAUUAGAGUAAGCCAAUCAGAGGCAGAAUAGGGUGGCUAUUAACUUCACCAUGCAGUGUAAAAAAUACUCCAAUUGGAUAUGUUUCCAGUCUUCUAAGCUAAGCUAAGCUAACCGGAUGCUAGCUCCAACUAAAGAGUACUAUUUUUCAUACAAAUAUCAAAGAGACUUGUCAAUCUUCUCGUCUGAUUCUCGAUAAUCAAGCGAACAGGCCUUGUUCCCCAAAUGUCAAACUACUGCUUUACAUUGCCGUGUCCUUGGUUGGCUAGCUUAACAAGUUCAGACAGCUCUGUCCACUGGUUGUAGAAAGGCUGGUUUUGUUGUGUGUGUGAUUUCUGUAAAUGCAUUGGGAUUGUGGCAGACUAGGAUGUCCCAAAGGAGAAACCUAUACUCUUUCAGGGAAUAGUACUCAUGUCGCCCUUUGGUGUGUGCCCCCCUUACAAAGGUCUUAUUUUUUUCUACAAGCUGUGUACCCUCUCCUUUGGGUGGAGAAUCAGCUGAUUUUGUAGUACAAUUUGGCAUGGCUAAUGAAGAUGCCAUUGUGUUAAAUGUUCUAGCUGAAGCCAAAAAUAGAGACAUUUGUCAGUACAAUCUGGUUUAGCUUGAUAAAUCAGCCUCCUUUUGUUGGUUCAGCACUGUGUGGCCAACUUUUGAGAAUGAGUCUCUUCAGGAUCACGCUAUGACAAGCCAGACCAUUAAAUGUAAAUGAAAAACUUCUUCCCUUCCUUGGUUUUUACUCAAGGAAGGUGUUUAAUCAAAGGUCAGGACGAUGUGUGUUCUGUUUCUUUUCUAAGAACCGGUGGGAAAAGCUACGACACAGUUGCUGUUGUUGUAAGCAAGUAUGCCCUGUUGAAGAAAAAUCCCCUUUUGCCAUUCACAGGUCCCAAGCAAUCCCUGUGCUGCUCUGGUCUGGUGUAUGAAGGGACUGACAGACAGGUUUUGACUGUCUGUGGGUCGUUUCCUCCGGCCUCAAGUCCACCUGUCCUCUGUGAUCUGCCCAUGAACCACAUCAGAGGGCUUCAGACUGCACAACAAGCUCCUACAGGAGAGCUCAUGAUGUUUUCGCCACUAUGGUCUCACUCUUCACUCAGCAAACUGUUAACAAUAUACCUGGAUGUCAUUAUUGUUUGCAAUAUAAUAAAAGAAGAAAAUCUG